CUGACGUUUGACAGUACCGGAAGUCGGUCCGCCAUUUCUUUCUUACAGGUUCUGUCAGGUACACAGAACUGUGGUGAUUAUUUUCGGCAUUUUUUUGCCAAAAAUUAAGUAAUAAAUUAAUUGGAAAAAUGGGUCGUUACGCACGGGAGCCGGACAAUGCGGCUAAAUCUUGCAAAGCACGUGGCUCUAACCUGCGAGUUCACUUUAAAAACACAUGUGAAACCGCUAAUGCUAUCAAGAAGAUGCCCCUGAAGCGUGCUGUAGCCUACUUGAAGAACGUCCUGGCGCAGAAAGAGUGUGUUCCAUUCAGGAAGUUCAAUGGAGGCGUCGGCAGAUGCGCCCAAGCUAAGCAAUGGGGCACAACACAGGGCCGUUGGCCGAAGAAAUCGGCCGAAUUUUUGCUCCAAUUGUUGAGGAAUGCCGAGAGUAACGCGGAUUACAGCGGCUUGGAUGUUGAUAGGCUUGUUGUUGAACAUAUUCAAGUCAAUCGUGCCGCCUGUUUAAGGCGUAGGACAUACAGGGCACACGGUAGGAUUAACCCCUAUAUGUCGUCUCCGUGUCACAUUGAACUGUGGUUGACUGAAGGAGAGAGUGUCGCCGAACCUCCAAAGAAAGUGGGCAAGAAGAAGACAGUGGAGAAGUCUAAAAAGAGUAAAGCGGCAGCGGCUGCUCAUUAAUUUUAUUUUCUUUGAUUAAUAAGAUGUAAGACUUGACGGAAUACAAGUUUUUUUGCAAA